AUGUCACUGAUUGCCUACUACCCGCAAGAGGGUCGCGAAAUUGUCCUCCGCCACCGGGAUGCCAUUGUCGUCCGCGAUUCAACCUCUCAUCGUCUCGAAAUUCGUGGUCUCACAGAAUGCCCAACAUGCCACCGCCCGAUGCCCCGCGCGGCCUCAGCCGACGACCCUUACAGUGACAAUACACGUUUUGAGACAGCCCACGAAUCCUACGUAAACCCUGACUACUUUCGCAUGCUCCAGGCCGCUGCCGAGGAGGCCGCCCCACGACACGAAACCACAACUAGGUCCGCGCUAGGCGAUGGAGGCUCCCAGUCUGAGUCGUCAACAUCCACCGGCAGGGUACAUCGAGGACCCGGAGAGGUGCAUGAGUCCAUGCAACCCUGGGUACAGGAUUCCGUGGAUUCAGAACAAAGCAAUACUAGCGAAUUCGUUUCCAGCAACCCGGGUGUGCCGCCGACAGAGGGCAACCGGAUUCGAAAGCAAGCCUUUAGCCCUGGAUACUUCGAGACGUUCUUCAAAGAGGAGAAGGUCCUAGGAAGAGGCGGAAAGGGCGUUGUUCUACUGGUCCGUCACGAGAUUGACAAAUGCGAUCUCGGCCACUUUGCCUGCAAGCGCGUUCCAGUGGGAGAUGACCACGGUUGGCUUGAAAAAGUGCUGUCUGAGGUAGGACUGCUGAACAGGCUGUCACAUCCCAACCUCGUUUCGUACCGUCAUGUGUGGCUGGAAAGCGCCCAAAUUACACGUUUCGGGCCCAGUGUUGCUUGUGCCUUCAUUCUUCAACAGUAUUGCAACGGCGGUGACUUGCAUCAGUAUCUCGUCGGGAGCGCUCCGAGGGAGGCCACCAAGGAGGAGCUCAAGGCCCAGAUGCGUAGGCGCUCCAAGGGUCAGGCUGAAAACCCCCAUGACCUCUUUGGCAUGAGCAGACGUCUCUCAUUUGACGAGAUAUAUUCUUUGUUUAAAGACAUUACUUCGGGUGUUGCCUACUUGCAUUCCAACAACUUCAUUCACCGCGACCUGAAGCCCAGCAACUGUCUUCUCCACAGCGAGGGUGGUACUCUGCGAUGCCUAAUCAGCGACUUUGGAGAGGUGCAGCCGGAGAAUGUGAUGCGCAAAUCGACAGGAUCAACGGGGACCAUUUCCUACUGCGCUCCCGAAGUUCUAAAGAGCGACGAGAGGGGGCAGUACGCAAACUUCACCACCAAAUCUGACAUUUUCUCACUCGGCAUGAUUCUGUAUUUCAUGUGCUUUGGCACACUACCAUACCGGAGCGCCAAUGCUCUGCAGGAGGAGCUCGAAGAUAUCGACGAGCUGCGGGCCGAAAUCAGUGACUGGCAGGGAUUCGAGUUUGAGCGCAGAGAACGACCGGACCUGCCAUCGCGCCUGUACAAGUUGCUGAAGAAGCUCCUGUCCCGGGACCCAGCUGAGCGCCCCGGCGCUAGUGAGGUCCUGGCCGUCAUGAGACACGAGCACGUCUUUGAGCCCGUAGACCGAGCUGAACAGAUACGCGGUUCACCGCUCAACCGACGCGGGGCGAACGUGACCCGUGUACAGAACCUCGACUCCCCAGCUAGGAGUGGCACACCGGACCUGACUGCCGUUAGUGAGCCUGGACUAGCUGAGCAGCGUAACGACAAUUCCCACUCCUCGGACGUCAGUAGCUUGCGCACGCACGCUAUGACAGUGACAAAGUCUCAGGAGGGCUACAGCGACAGAUCAGGGGCAAGUUCAUUGCCUACAUCGUCCUCUGUCAGUUAUACAGGAGAUACAGCGACGGCGCAGAAUCAGGAUCAUGAACGUGAGCAGCAAGAUAGUCCCCGGCUUCCCUUACUCAUGGCCCCACCGCGCACCAGGACAGAAGAGCUACGAUACCGUACCCAGAUGUACCUGUUUUGGUUUCUGGGACUGAUUGGUUUGCACGAAGACGUGGCCAACCGUAGCGUGCGCAUGGGUCUAUUCAUCAUCAAGCUCAUGACUCUGACUCGUCCGUGCUGGCCGUAUAUGGUGAAAGUCGAGAUGGGUAUACCUCUCGUCGUCAUGGCAGUCAUGGACUUCAGGGAUUCUGAUGUGUCCGGGUGGUUGGUCACCCGGCAUAAUAAUCAUGGGCAUGUCGAGUUUGGUUCUCCGCCGUGGCAUCGCGGUCUGAUGUUGAGCCUUGUAUUGCUGGCAGUGCAUUUCCUACUCUUGUGGCUAGCUCAUUCGUGGGAGGCUCUAUGCGUCAAGCCUGACUGGUAG